AACAACAAAAAUCUGAGUGCUUCAUUGAGCAUAAAUUGAAAAUUACGUAUGUGGGAACAUUAGCACUUUAUCGGUAUGUGUAAAUACAACAUUUAAAAUUCUGUUCAUAAUAUUGUGACUUUUAAAUUUGUCGGUUUGUCUUCUGACCAAGAUCUUUGCCAGGUGUCCACGGAGUAGGACCCACUUGAAAUCUCGAGUGUUUUGGGAUUCUAUUCUCCCUGAAGAAUGACACUGACUAACUGCUUAAGUGACCUCCCCGGAUGAAGAAUAUUUUUGUUUUUCCCCCCAUAAUCUGGACUCAUGUCAGCUUACGCUAAAGCGGUAUAAAACAUACGAAUUUCCGAGGAUACAUAGAACAUCAUGCAAAAUAGUGAAACAAACAAGACGAAUUUUACCAUUUCCAGAUAGCAGUGAAAUCCUGUGAAACUUUGUAUGUAUUUUCUAUUUAUUAAUGAUUUGGAUAAGAAUGAAUGGAUUCUUUCAGACCUCGUCAACAAGAAAGCGAGUGAUUUUUAUGAGCUGGUAUCUAAUAUUGUGCGUUUGUGUUCCUGUUGCCUGCAAAAAGCACAAAACUCAAAAAGUCGUGCCACAAUCGUCAAACCAAACUGAAGUCAUUCAAAGGUUAUCCAACUUUUUUGGAAUAGACAGAAUACCUGGAAGAAUUUUUAAAAGAUCUCCACCUGAUUAUAUGAUGGAUUUAUACAAAAGUAUAACGGAUAGUGGAGGCCUUAUGAAAAGGGAAAGUCCCUAUAAGGCAGACGUCAUUCGGAGUUUCCCUGACAGACAGUGGAACCAGUCUAUGCAUUUUUCUUAUAACAUAUCAUAUCUAUCGGAGAGGGAGAAAAUAUUAGCCGCAGAAUUCCAUGUUUUUAAAAUGCGACCAGCCCCUCCUUCUCCAAGAGAAACCAAACCACCUUACGUCAUUGAGAUAAAGAUUUAUCAAGUGCUAGACCCUGUCAAUUUAUAUUCAAUAAAUGGAUUAAAACUUUUGGAUGCCAGGAGAGUAAGUGCAUUAGCGCAUGGAUGGUAUGUGUUCAAUGUUAAGAAAGCAGUCGAGGCCUGGGUGAAUGGGACCGCAGAGAAUUAUGGUUUUCUUGUUUCAACAACAACUGUAAUUGGUCAUGAAGUAAAUGGAAGCUACAUAAGAUUUGCACAACGUCAUCAGCAUCAUGAUAGCAAACAGCCUAUUCUGGUUGUAUACACCGAUGAUGGAAUGUCCCGUCAUCCCAACUACAUUUCUCCAAACGAUGAAGACUAUUUGCAAAUAAAAAAGGACAUUAUGAAAAAAGAGAGAGCAAAGCAACGGAAUUUCCAACAAGUUGUGAAACUUCUAAACGAGAGAGAAAGAGACGAAUAUUACCGUGAGCAUCUUCAAAAACUUUUGGGAACAUCAACAUCAGAAUCCAUAAGGAAAAAAAGAAACACUGAUGAACAAUCAAAUAAACGUAAAAUAGUGAAACCACCUCGAAAAAAGCGAAAGCGUUCGAAAGAGGAACGCAAGAAACGCAGAGAAGAGAGGAAGAGGCGGAAGAAGAAUAGAAAAGGAAAGAAGGGAAAAGGAAAGCGAGCUUUGGAUUUCCGGUAUCGCAAGAGACGAGGUUGUGCAAAACACGAAAUGUAUGUUGACUUCGAUGAAAUAGGGUGGUCGGGUUGGAUUAUUUCGCCAAAGGGAUACAAUGCAUAUCAUUGUAAAGGUUCGUGCCCUUUCCCUUUGGGUCAAAGUCAGAAACCCACGAACCACGCCACAGUCCAGAGCAUUGUGCAUGCUCUCAAAGUAGGAAAAGAUGUCUCUACUCCAUGCUGCGUACCAAACAAACUCUAUUCAAUAAGUCUACUUUACUUUGAUGACGAUGAAAAUGUUAUCCUCAAACAAUAUGACGAAAUGGUCGCUGCAAGUUGUGGAUGCCACUAAGGAAAUACGUAUACACAAGAUCCGACGAGAUAUUGCAGGUCCGGCCAAUUAUUGCAAUCUUUCGUUGCUCCAAAAUACGUGUAGUGUAUCAAUACGCGUAAGAAUGCGUAAAGAGCAGACCAUGAUUUUGAGAAAAUUGGCGAAAAAAUAAUGACGAGAUUUUGCGUUGUGAUAGGAGUUUAUUGGCUCUCCAUUUAAAAAGAUGUGUGUGAAAAUAGUUUAUAAUUGAUUUUUAUGGUGAAAAUUCCAACAUUCUUAAGAGAAAUCUGGUCGACGACAUUUGAUGGGAGCAUAAAAUCAAUGGUGUAUUAAAUUCAUAAGGUGUAAAGUAACUUUGUGUGGAGAAAGUCUUCCAGUUGAUAGGAUGAAUAUUGACUAUAUAGAGCAGUACAUGAUGUGGAAAUCGGCACGGGAACAUUCUUAGUGAAACUGUUCUCUUAUAUAAAACUCAAUGAGAUUAAAUGGCGAAAGUCUGAAUGUAUUUAAUGUAAUUUGAAUGAAUGAGAGAGAGAGAGAGAGGCAUAUUGUGGGUGAUUGUUUGUCUGUGUGUGUGAAUUCUUUAUAUUUCAUACACUGUCAUCAGAAAAUGUGUGUUAGAUUGUUCUACGGUCUUACAUAUAUUUAUCAAUCACAGCUCUGAAACUUUCGUAAACGUCUUUACUUUCUGUAAAAAAGGUAUUAUAAAAAUAAGUUUUUGAGACUUGCGGUUUUCAUAUAAGAACAGGAUAUAUAGAGAAUUUCUAAAUGAGGCUCAGUAAUCGAACUUUGUGGAAGGCUACCAAGAAUGGUAAGACUAGCUUAGGACUUAGGUAUUGAAAAACACGUUCACAUUCCUUAUUAUACUCUUCAAGUAAAAGGACAUAAGGGUCAAGGCAAAGAUGGCGUUUCUUUUUUUUUUUAAUUUGUGAAUCACGUGAUUGAGUGUGAGAGAUUUUCAUUACUCACGUGUUCACAAUCAGAUUGAGAGAGAGACUUAAAUGAUGUUUUCUUGUUGCUUGAAGAUAUUUUUAUUAUUACUCUGUUUUUUUGCUUAACGUAAACAAUUAUUUUUGUAGCUAAAUAUAUGUCUGUAUUUGCGACGUAACGACUGUUGGUUGUCUGUGUUCUGAAAUCAAGGAUGUGUUUUCAUCAUUAAAAAAAAUGUUCAAAGCUGUAUUUUGCACUUCAGUGUUUGAACCAAUUGUACGCAAACUCCAAAAAAUAAUGUUGUUAUUAUUGUAUAUAAAUAAAAAAUUGAAAGCUA